AUGACUGAGCUGGAGAAAGUCGAGUAUCUUGCCGACGUAGCCGAGGACGGAGAGGUCAAAUUCCACAAGCUCAGCUGGCUGCAGCUCACCAUCGUCCUCAUCGUCACUGCCGUGGCGCUGGGCACUCUCUCAAUGCCGGUCGUGUUUGCGUCUCUCGGUAUGGUUGGCGGAAUUCUCAUCACGAUUUUCAUGGGAUUUGUGGCAAUCUAUACGUCCUAUGUCAUCGGCCAAGUUAAGCUCAAGUAUCCCCAGGUUUGCCACUACCCGGACAUCGGACCUCUUCUCCUUCCCGGAGCGGCCGGCGUCGCUCUCCGCAAGUUCCUGCAGGUCUGCUUUGUGGUAUUCCUGGUCCUUAUCGUCGGCAGUCACUGCCUAACUGGCCAAAUUGCCUUUAAGACCAUCUCCGACAAUGACACGCUCUGCAAGGUUGUUUGGAGUGUGGUGGCAAUGAUACUGCUGUUCGUCUGUGCUCUUCCGCCUUCGUUCUCCGAGAUGUCGGUCCUCGGCUACAUCGACUUUCUCUCCAUCAUGAGCGCCGUCUUCGUCACUCUCAUCGCCACAGGUAUCCAAGCACGUAAGAAAGACUGGGAGACUGGGUGGACUGCUGCUGCACCCGACAUCCCCUUCGCGUACGGCAUGCUCGCCGCCACAAAUGUGCUGUUUGCGUAUUCGUUUGCUCUAAACUACAGAUUCUCCUUCAUGGAAGAAAUGCACACGCCAAGUGACUUCCCGAAAUCCAUCUACACCUUGGGCGCGGUUCAAAUCACAAUCUACACUACAGUCGGGGCCCUCGGCUAUGCUUUCGUCGGACCCGAGGUCAAGUCCCCCUCUCUUCUCAGCGCGGGCCAUACUGUCUCCAGGGUGGCGUUUGGCGUCGCGCUGCCCGUCAUCUUCAUCUCAGGCUCAAUCUGUGCGGUUACAGCUGGUCGUUUCAUCAUGGACCACGCGUUCCAGCACAGUACCGUGCGCUACGUUAACACACCACGCGGCUGGAUGACCUGGAUCGGACUUAUUGCCGCUUGCUGCCUCAUCGCUUGGAUCGUCGCGCAGGUCAUUCCCGUGUUUUCCCCACUGUUGGGCAUCAUCUCCGCCCUCUUCAACUCGGCUUUCACACUUUACCUACCCGGAAUCAUGUGGUUCAAGUUGAUUCGGGAGGGCGGCUGCUUCUCGAGCGCCAAGAACAUCACGCUCACCAUAAUCAACAUCAUUGUCAUCAUAUUUGGUCUCGUGAUCUUUGGUGCUGGCACGUACGCUUCGGUGUUCGACAUGGCUCAGUCGUAUAAGGGCAAGAGCGUCGGCAAGCCGUUUGCCUGCAAGUAGCGGCUGUCGUACGGUUGUGAAGUCAGAAGAGAUGUCUCGUAAACAUAGUUCUGGUAAAGAAUG